CAUGCUCAGACUGCGCUCCCUCGUCUUAUUAAUUUUUAAUGGAAAAUGGCUGCGUUUCUUAUCCAAACCUCUGGAGCUGGGAAUUAAAAACCAGUUAAAGCCAGUCGCGUCUCACUAGCGUUCGCACCGAGAACAAUCCGAUGUGGUGACGACACGUUAGCCGGCCGAUGUCCUGUGGUGCGACAAUAUUUCGGGGGAAAAUGGAUCGACGCGAGCUUUGAGGGAUGAAAGAUCAUUUUUCUCCUUAACCCUUUCUGCUCCGUGAUCUGCGAACAAUCGAGAGUCCCAGCAGACGAUGAUGCGCCAGGUGACAAGCAGUGACUUCUGCAUGAAUAGCAGGCCUUCCUGCCUGGCAGAGGAUGGCCACCACCCCGCCUCCCACUUUGACCUGUGCACCUCCCAGUCCAACAAGUUCUACCCUCCUCCCCCUCCAUCGUCCCUUCAGAUGACACUGACGCCCAUGGCCUUACCCACACAGAGCCACAAGCCCAUGGUGUGCCAGAGACAGGAAGUGCUUGGGGGUGACCCCCACACACCUGGAAAAAUGCCAGGCAUUAAAAGCACUGAUCAAGCGCCAGACGACCCAAAGAAGAAGAACAAGGCUGUCGGGAAGACGGGCAGACGCGGGAGGCCUUUGGGAACGACUAAGCUAGCCGGUUACAGAACCAGCACGGGGCGACCCCUUGGCACCACCAGAGCUGCCGGUUUUAAGACGAGCCCGGGAAGGCCACUAGGUACAACCAGAGCAGCGGGGUACAAGGUCAGCCCCGGACGGCCUCCUGGCAGCAUCAAAGGCCUGUCUCGCCUAAACAAACUGGCCUAUGGUAGCACCUGCAGCGGAGCGGCUUUCCCCUAUCCGCUACCACACAAAGAAAUCCUCUGUGAACCUUCCUGCAAAGAGAAGACGGCUAAUGAGUAAAGGCUAAACGCUGUUUCUACUCACCCUCCAUCAGUGGAAUAAGAGUCCCAUUUGUACAGGUUUCCUGCCAGAUACUGGGGGGCGACAGUAAUCUUUCCCAGUCUGCUGUGAGGCUGAGAGGAGGAGAUUUUCGCUGAUUUGUGUUGGUGUCAUCUGUGUGCCUACCACCUGAUAUGAUACUGUUUUUCAGUGCUACUGCUGGAGAUCCAUAGCCAGUGAAAGGUUUAACUACUCAUUGCUGUAUCUGUUUUCUUGGAAAAGUAAUACCGGAUGUUCAUUGAGCAAGGGGGGUUUAUCUUACUAACAACUGUAGCGGGAAUUCCCGACAAGUUUAAUUUCUAGUGUGCUAUAUGUAGCAUUUUCACGUCAACAAAUGAUUGAAAGAUUCAUUUAAAAAUGUUUCGUUACUGUAAACAAAGGAGACCAUUGUUGAGAAGAUUGACAGCCACAGUUGUGUGAAAUUUGCUGGGAUGCUUUACAGCACAAAACAAGGACUAAUUUUACUUUGUAUGUCCAUCACACUACAGUUUGCAUAUUAUAUUAGCUCAUUUUGUUGGAUAUCGACUCUUGUUUUUGCUUUUCCACUUUAAACAAACACAUGCAAAGCAGGAAAGAAGGAAAGAAAGGGACAAGCAGCAAUGUAGUCUUUGCAGCAGGAAAGUUUGUUGGAAAUGUGGCUUUUAAUUUAAAAAACAAAAUGCUAUAUGUAGAACCUUUUAUGUGUCACAUUUGUAAAAUGAGAGGCAUAAACACUGGAUUCAAGUCUUUAGUUUGAGUGUCUGCAUUUGGGCAGACUCAAGAGUUACAGUUGGGGUUAAGUGCCUUGCUCAAUGGCACUUCAGUGAUAGAUGUACAGAUAAUCCCCCAGGCUAGCAGCUCUCCAAUACUGAAAUCUAGUUAAUAUAACCUUUUCCACUCAGCUCCAGACUUAACACAUGACAAACAUGACUCCUGCUAAUAAACUCUUACUGUUUACUCUCUGAAGGUCACCUCACAAAAUGUUUACAUAUUAUUUGCAUGCAAAUGUUAUCAUAAAAGCUGAGUCAAUUUACAGAUUCUUGUGAGAAAUCCAAGUCCGAACUAGUGUUUUUUUUUGUUGUUUUUUUUUUAACCUAAAAGUAUAGAACUAAAAAUGCAUAAACUUUUGCAGCAACUCAGUUCACCUCCUGCUUUUUCUUACAACCUGCUUCAAAAAUCUGUUAAUGUGGACUGCAGUUGCCUCAUUUGCUCAGUAGUCGCCAUGGAAAGGUUGUCUGUGGGCAAACAGGUGGAUGAACAGUUUUAUAUGUUCCGCUCGGUACUUGACUGCUCUUCAUAAAAGUAAAAUUUGAGGUAGAUCAUCUCGGCCACCAGACAGCUCAAAACCCCUACUCGCCCCUACUUUCCCAUUCCCACAGUGGACUCACUGUGGAAAUGGGAAAUUUGGUAGUGUACUCCUGGUAGAAGUGGUUUCUCUGGUCCCAUUUUGUCAGCUUGCCAUGGGUUGGUUGCUGCUACAGAUACCAAAAUUACAUGUUUUAUAACUGUUUGUUUCUGUACACAAUCCAAUUUUUUUUUUUUUAGAUUUGCAUGAUACAGAAUUCUCCAAAAUUUUCAAAAGCAUCUGUGUUUAAUUUUGUCUCACCUUAAAGCAGCAUAACAAAACUUUUCUUAAAUAAAAUACAGUCUUAAAUUAGCAACAUUUUGAUUUAAAUCAGGUAUUAUCUGAUCAAAGAAUGAGCAUACAAGACUAAAAAAAUUUGACCUUGUAUUCAGUUCAAACUUUCGAUACCUGACAAUGUUUGAUUCCUGUUGCUACAGACACAUUUUGUUUGGUUUCCAAAGUAUUGAAACACCCAGCCUUAAUCUUGUCCUAAAAUGUCUCUUGGCAAUAUAUCUAAAAAUUUAUUUUGUGGUUACCAUCCAAGCUGACUAAAUUUUGUGAUUUUUGUUGUAAUGUCCCAACUCAUACAACAAAAUCUGGCCUAAUCAGGUCAGUUUUGUACCUCUGUGACUUCUCAUAUAUGUAUAUAUUGAGAGAGACUACAUUGCUUUACUUAAAAGAGACGCUUUGUAAUUUUGUCUUGUCACAUUGUAGGGAAAGUCUGUCACCCAUAGAAAUACUCGGUAUCUUUUGUGCUAUACAUCAAGACCACUGGUUGCAUUAUUUAGGCUAAACAAGGAUACGAAAAACUUACUUAAGGAGCAAAAUUCAAGUACAAAUAACGGUAGAUUUUGCUUUAAUGUUACAUUUGUCCCAAGUAAAUGAGCAGACUGAUAUUCAAAAUAUCAGCCUUGUAACAUGAAUGUGUCGCUGAAUGCACUGACUAUGAUUGAUAUGGCAGUAACAUUGUAGUUGUAAACUUUUUUACACAAACUAUCUUUAAAAAAACAUUUAUCAUUAUUAUUAUUAUUAUUAUUAUCAUUUAUUUGAUGUGAUAUUCGUGUGACAGACAUUUAUAUACAGUAAAGCCUCAAAUAUGUUAUUGGUGUCCUUGUUCACAGAUCAGCAGACACUUACAAGACACGUGUUUUGAUUUACAAUUUAAUGCUGAGGAAGUUAUCGUGAACAAAUGAGACCAUCACUGAGAAGGCUGCCCCGCCGCUGCUGGCCCCUAUUGCCGCGUUUUUACACUGUGAGCCAUUAGGUUAAACAUGGUGGGAAAUCUGCAAACAGAGGGCGCUGUUCCCUCCGGAGCGAAAGCCCGUAGCCGUCAGAGAUAUCAGAAGCAGAUCAAAAGAGUCAACGGUGAAUAGAAAGAUUAGUUCCGGCAUGUUCAUCCUUGUCAACACACGCCGGAGAAGAACAACUCAUAGCCACAUUUGUGGAGACUUGCGGAGCAUCUAUAACCACUACCACAGGUGUGUGACGGAGACAACAAGCCAACUCAGUCAUGGUCUCAUCGUUGUUAAUGAUUUCACCAAGUUAUACCAGAGUUUUAAGAAUCUGACUAUUAUGUCUGGAUUUUUUAAUUUCUACAUGUUACUUCUUACUUUGCACAGUCACUUGAACAAUAACGGUAUCUGUCAGUAUUUCAAAGGAGUAAUCGCAAGGUCAAGUCAUGUCUUGACUUUUUAAUGUUGCUAUUUAUUACGUUUUUUAGGUACAUUAUCAGAUCCCUGUAGGGCACUUGAAUCUGACUGUUGGGGAAGGUGGUGUUUUUGUGAAAUGUUGAUGUAACAUGAAAUCCUUUACUUCAAACAGGCUUAAGGAAGCAAUGAGGAGAUGCAAUAGUUUUAUUGGUUUGAUAUUUCACAACAUGCUUAAUGCAUAGUAAAUACAGUCAAUCACAAAUGGUCAAAUAUGAUUUUGAUCCAAAAUAACCGGUCGGCUGUUGGACUUCUUGCCACUGUGUUGUAUUCAAGUUUUCAGCAUUUGGCAAAUGAGGUUUUGUGUAGUCUUACAACUUGCCCCGAUGAACAUUCAGUCUUUGGUAUUAGUGAUCUAUUGAGAAUUCAAAUCCUGAGAGUGAAGAAAUAGUACAUCUUGACUGAGUUGCUCUCUCAUGACAAAAUUUUAAAUUGUUAAAUAUAGUGCAAUAAUUUGUUGUAUGUAUUGUACUGUGGAAACUUUGAUACUAUCACUUUUUAUUAUUGUUGUAUUUUGAUACUGGUGUACAAGGCCUUUUAUCACUUGUUUUGAUGAUGUGUGUAGUGUUAACAGAGGUGACUGAAACGUCACAUACAAACAUCCUUUUCAUCCUCCUUUACCAAAGAAUAUGAUGUUAUCCAACUGUAGGCAUUUAUACUAUUUGAUUUGAAUAUUCCAACAUCUCACAAAAUAACCUUAGCAUGAAAACUCCUGUAUACAAUGUAAAUGAAAAAGCACUUGGAGACAGCUAUCACAUAUAAGAUCAAUACAAAACCUUUGAAUAAAUGUCGCGUCUGGAGCGCUAACCAUGCCGGUGUACGUGUUUCGCAGUUCAAAUGAUUGACGUAACAGUAUAUGGAAUGCAUUGUAAAUUGCAAUACACUGACAAUGUAAACUUAGUUCCUUACAUUUCUUUGUUUUUAUAUCCAUCUGUCAGUCUACAUUGGAAGAGCUCUCUUUUUGUAUGGAAUUCUUAUGUAGCCAUGUUUGAUAUGUAACUGACCAUUUUUUGUUGAGGUAACGGCUGACGUGAUGCCUGGCCGUCUCACAUCCUGAAGUAUGUGUCCUUCUUUUUCAGUUUUGUAUUUUAUUUUCAAUCAUUUGUUUUUUUUUUUUGUUUUUUUUUUUUAAGGUUUUAGAGUCACACAGUAAGAUGGAGCCUAAUAAGAUUAACAUGCUGGUAGGAUGCACUGUUCGCUCCAUCUGCCUUUUUCACAGCAGAUACUUUGAGAUGUCACGUGUUUUAAUUCCAUUUAGCUGCUUCAGUUUCAGGGUCCUGGUGCUGUGCCUGCUAGCUCACUGUCACACUGUCAUGGCUCACUGGGACACCUAACUAGCUCAUUACUGUUCCUAGACACAGCUUCAGAACUUAUCUGCUCUGAAAAAGGCCAUCUUCUAGGUAGCCUCUGCUGCAUAGCGUCUGACACUUAAUGAGGCUUUCUUACUGAAUAACUGAAACAUGUUUUGCGUUUUUUUCCUCCAUAUCCUUGGCUAAUGGACUGUCUACUGUCGCUUCAACAGCUGCAGCUCCAAUAAGGCUCUGACAGUGGGCUAGUUUGCCCGGCAGCUGCUCCGCAGCUAGCUGCGAAGGCCCGUGGAGGUCUUGAUCUUGUUUAAAAUGUUGUUUGGUGAAAAAAUUAACCCUAAAAUAAAUUAAAUAACAACAAAUUAAUUUUUUUUUUUCCGUCUCUAGCAUAUAGAGUGAACAGCAUGAUGUCCUGUUGAGAAAGCUUAGCUUAGCCUGGCUCCAGACCUCCUGAAUUGCUGCCCUCGUGUCAGAUUUGUUCAGCGAUUCAGAGAAACAACAUGGCAGUUCAGUCUGAUUAUCAGGCUAGACAAGGAUAUGUUGUAGGUCUGGACUUUUAAUAAUCUGUGUUACUACAGAUGUGAUUUUGAAUGACGUUUUCAUGACGUUUUCUUCAGGAGAAGAACACAAAGGUUUUGGUUUCACUUAGGCUCUCUGUGGCUUUAUGGGAUGUAUUGUUGUUGAAUGCUUACAAAAUGACGUCGUAUUGACUCGGUUAAUAUUAGGAGUUGCACAAAGUUUAUUAUCCAGUGCAGUAGCAGUAGAUAUUAAUUUAGCUUAGAAUAUGGAGAUAAAACGCCAGGAACAUGUUUCAGCUUCAGACCGAUGAAAGAAAAAGUGAGUUAUAAAUGUUGGUUUGGCUACGUCAGGGGGAGAGGGACUUCUAAAAGCGGACUGAUCAGCAUCGAGCUGCUUGAAGUGCAUUUCGUACAUUUAGACAGGGAUUAGAGAUGGCUGUGGUCAGACAAGUGUUUGACAUGGUUAAGGUUUUGGUAAGAAUGUAAGCAGGACUUCCUUCACCAUAAGAGCACCUGAACAACACAUCGGUUUUGUGUCAUAUUAUGUCAGACAUUUGGCUUUCUGCACCGUUCACAGACUUGUUCUAAAUGGUGAAAAUCCGAGACCCUGAGAUGAUGACAGUGCAAUGACCGAUGCAUUUGCCAGCAUGUUAGGUGUAACCUCAGAGCACCCUCAAAGUCUGUGUACAUCUGUUUCACUAUGUAGCUCUGAGUUCUCAUCUAAAAUAUUUUUGAUAAAUGUAUGGAUAAGGUGUAAGAAUUUAUAUGCUAUAUUUCUUUUCUGAAUUUUGUUUACCUGAUGAAAGGCACUGACGUUCUGGAUCAAGACCCCCUGAGGAGGACAUCGCAGGAGGGACAAGGGGUUAAAGGAUGAUUAUAGAGGGUGGAAAACCGAAAAUAGACUCAAGUGGUUAUUUUAUUGACAUUCCUGUCAUUUUUAGCUGUAAUCUUUCAAGUUAAAUCAACACUUACACAAGGCACAGAUACUAAUGGUUGUGUUUUCUUUAUUGUUUUUUGAGUGAUUUUUUUGUAUCACUAUCUUCAGCAUUAAAUCAACACAUGGUCUGUUGUCUGUAGAUGAUGAUUUAAAAGAAAUAUUAUCUCACAUUUUGGGUGUUUUUGAGAAGAUGUGAAGCCCAGUUCUUCCUAAAGUGUGAUUGGCGAAGCCUGUAAAGCUUUGUAUAAUUCCCAUUUUAUUCCUGCAUGAUUGUUGUGG